AUGUCUGGCCAUCCACAACAGGGUGGCUAUGAUGAUGGCUACGGCCAUCAUCAAGGCAACGAUGCCUAUUACCAGGAUGAGCACGGCUACAACGAUCAUCACGACUACGCCCAGCAGCAGCAUGGCGGCGAGGGAUAUUACGAUGAAUCUGGAUACUACAACGCCGAUGCCUCGAAUCCUUACCACAACGACGGCGGAUACUAUGAAGGCCACCAAGGUUAUCAAGAUGACUAUUACGACGGCCAGUACUACGAUCAAGGAGCUGCAGGGCAGCAACAGUACCAAGGCCAGCGACCGAGGCGUCGUGGUCAUGACUCAGAGGAAGACUCCGAAACCUUCAGUGAUUUCACAAUGAGGUCCGAUAUGGCUCGUGCUGCUGAGAUGGAUUACUACGGCCGAGGGGACGAACGAUACAACAGCGGCUAUGACAACCAGGGUGGCCGUGGCUACAGACCCCCGUCCUCGCAAAUCUCUUAUGGUGGUAAUCGUUCUUCGGGAGCGUCGACACCUAUCUAUGGGAUGGACUAUAACAACGCCUUGCCCGCUGGUCAACGUUCGCGCGAGCCAUAUCCAGCCUGGACUUCAGAUGCACAGAUUCCCCUUUCAAAGGAGGAAAUCGAAGACAUAUUCCUUGAUUUGACUGCCAAGUUUGGAUUCCAACGAGACAGUAUGCGCAACAUGUAUGAUCACAUGAUGACUCUGUUGGAUUCUAGAGCAUCUCGCAUGACACCGAACCAAGCGCUACUCUCGCUUCACGCCGACUACAUUGGAGGCGAAAAUGCCAACUACCGCCGAUGGUACUUUGCCGCCCACCUGGAUCUUGACGAUGCAGUCGGCUUCGCCAACAUGAACCUUGGCAAGGCCAAUCGUCGCACCCGCAAGGCCCGCAAAGCGGCGGCAAAAAAGGCUAAAGAGAAUCCUCAAAACGAGGAGCAGACCUUGGAAGCCUUGGAGGGUGACAACUCCUUGGAGGCAGCUGAAUAUCGCUGGAAAACACGAAUGAAUAAGAUGUCCCAGCAUGAUAGAGCCCGCCAGAUCGCUCUCUACCUGCUGUGCUGGGGUGAAGCUAACCAGGUUCGAUUCAUGCCUGAGUGUCUCUGCUUCAUCUUCAAGUGUGCAGACGACUAUCUGCAUUCUCCUGCUGCGCAAAACCGCGUGGAGCCAGUUGAAGAAUUCACCUACCUCAACAAUGUCAUCACGCCGCUGUACACGUACAUUAGAGACCAGUGCUACGAGAUUAUUGAUGGCAAGUACGUCCGACGAGAACGUGACCAUAACAAAGUCAUUGGUUACGACGAUAUAAAUCAGCUUUUCUGGUACCCUGAAGGUAUUGAAAGGAUCGUGAUGAACGACAAGUCGCGCAUCGUCGAUCUCCCUCCGGCUGAGCGAUACCUCAAGCUUCAAGAGGUCAACUGGAAGAAGGUUUUCUUCAAGACCUACAAGGAGACCAGGUCGUGGUUCCACUUGAUGGUCAACUUCAACCGUAUCUGGGUCAUUCAUUUGACCACUUUCUGGUUCUACACUGCCUUCAAUGCUCCCGCCUUGUACACCCACAAUUACCAGCAGCAGCUGAACAACAAACCCCAUGGUGCUGCUCAAUGGUCUGCAGUUGCCUUGGGUGGAACCGUCGCGUCUUUGAUCCAGAUCAUUGCAACCCUUAUCGAAUGGUCCUACGUUCCGCGCAGAUGGGCAGGUGCGCAGCAUCUCACUAAACGGCUCCUAUUCCUGAUUGGCGUUUUCGCCAUCAAUAUCGCGCCAAGUGUGUAUAUCUUCGGUAUCUCGCAAACUUCCAAGGUUUCAUUGAUUUUGGGUGUUGUCCAAUUCCUCGUGGCUCUGGCGACCUUCUUUUUCUUCGCCAUCAUGCCCCUUGGAGGUCUUUUCGGCAGCUACUUGACUCGCAAUUCUCGCCAAUAUGUUGCAAGCCAAACUUUCACUGCGUCGUAUCCCCGCCUCAAGGGUAACGACAUGUGGAUGUCGUAUGGUCUCUGGAUCAUGGUGUUCGCCGCCAAAUUGGCUGAGUCAUACUUCUUCUUGACACUCUCUUUCAGAGACCCUAUCAAGAUCCUGACCUACACCAAGAUUUCCCGAUGCCAGGGUGAUAAGAUCCUCAAGGACUACCUUUGCAAGUAUCAGCCCAAGAUAUUGCUCGGAAUCAUGUUCUUCACCGACUUGAUUCUUUUCUUCUUGGAUACUUAUCUCUGGUACAUCAUUUGGAACUGCGUCUUCUCUGUCGCACGAUCCUUCUACCUGGGUGUUUCGAUCUGGACGCCCUGGAGAAACAUCUUCUCUCGACUUCCCAAGCGUAUCUAUUCCAAGGUCUUGGCAACAACCGACAUGGAAAUCAAGUACAAGCCAAAAGUCUUGAUCUCCCAAGUCUGGAAUGCAAUUGUCAUCUCCAUGUACAGAGAACACCUAUUGGCCAUUGAUCACGUCCAAAAGCUCCUGUACCACCAAGUUCCUUCUGAGCAAGAGGGCAAGCGCACCCUGAGAGCCCCAACCUUCUUUGUAUCGCAAGAAGAUCACUCCUUCAAGACCGAAUUCUUCCCAUCGCAAAGUGAGGCUGAACGCCGUAUCUCUUUCUUUGCGCAGUCACUGUCGACGCCGAUCCCAGAGCCUCUCCCGGUUGACAACAUGCCUACUUUCACGGUCCUUAUUCCUCACUACGGCGAAAAGAUCUUGCUGUCUCUUCGGGAGAUCAUCCGUGAGGACGAGCCUUACUCUCGUGUCACCCUUCUGGAAUAUCUCAAGCAACUUCACCCGCACGAAUGGGACUGCUUCGUCAAGGACACCAAGAUUCUUGCGGACGAGACCUCUCAAUUCAAUGGCGACUACGAGAAGUCCGAGAAAGACACGGCGAAGAGCAAGAUCGAUGACUUGCCUUUCUAUUGCAUUGGUUUUAAGUCUGCUGCUCCGGAAUACACUCUCCGUACUCGUAUCUGGGCAUCUCUGCGGUCUCAAACACUCUACCGCACGGUUUCGGGCUUCAUGAACUACAGCCGCGCGAUCAAGCUCCUGUACCGUGUCGAGAACCCGGAGGUCGUCCAGAUGUUUGGUGGUAAUUCCGAUAAACUCGAGCGCGAGUUGGAACGCAUGGCUCGUCGCAAGUUCAAGAUCGUAGUGUCGAUGCAACGCUACGCGAAGUUCAAGAAAGAAGAGCGUGAAAACACCGAGUUUUUGCUCCGCGCGUAUCCCGAUCUUCAGAUUGCUUACUUGGAUGAAGAGCCUCCACAAAAUGAGGGUGAGGAACCUCGCUUGUACUCUGCUCUGAUUGACGGUCACUCGGAACUCCUCGAGAACGGUAUGCGCCGACCCAAGUUCAGGGUCCAGCUUUCCGGUAAUCCAAUUCUGGGAGAUGGUAAAUCGGACAACCAGAACCACGCCAUCAUCUUCUAUCGCGGUGAAUACAUCCAGCUCAUCGAUGCCAACCAGGACAACUAUCUGGAAGAAUGCUUGAAGAUUCGAAGCGUCUUGGCCGAAUUCGAGGAAAUGACUACAGAUAAUGUCUCACCAUAUACACCCGGAGUCACUCCACCAAAGACCAACCCUGUUGCCAUUCUUGGUGCCCGCGAGUAUAUCUUCUCGGAGAAUAUUGGUGUCCUAGGUGACGUCGCUGCUGGAAAGGAACAAACCUUCGGUACUCUGUUUGCUCGUACAUUGGCCCAGAUCGGUGGCAAGCUCCAUUACGGCCAUCCUGAUUUCCUGAACGGCAUCUUCAUGACUACACGUGGCGGCGUCUCGAAGGCGCAAAAGGGUCUCCAUCUAAACGAAGAUAUCUACGCAGGCAUGAACGCCCUCAUUCGUGGUGGUCGUAUCAAACAUUGUGAAUACUACCAGUGCGGCAAGGGUCGUGAUCUUGGUUUUGGCUCCAUCUUGAACUUUACGACCAAGAUUGGUACUGGUAUGGGUGAGCAGAUGUUGUCCAGGGAGUACUACUAUCUCGGUACCCAACUACCCUUGGACCGUUUCCUCUCAUUCUACUAUGCUCAUCCUGGUUUCCACAUCAACAAUAUGUUUAUCAUGUUGUCGGUGCAGCUCUUCAUGAUCGUUUUGAUCAACCUGGGUGCUCUGAGACAUGAGACGAUUGUCUGCCACUACAACCGCAACACCCCACCUACGGAUCCUCUCAAACCUACCGGAUGCACAAACUUGAUUCCUAUCCAGGGAUGGGUCGAGCGUUGCGUUCUCUCCAUCUUCAUUGUCUUCUUCAUUGCUUUCGUACCUCUGGUUGUACAAGAAUUGACGGAGCGUGGAUUCUGGCGUGCUGCAACCCGUCUGGCCAAGCACUUCGCAUCUGCAUCUCCCAUUUUCGAGGUGUUUGUCUGUCAAAUUUAUGCCAGCUCUAUUCAGCAGGAUUUGUCUUUUGGUGGUGCUCGUUAUAUCGGUACCGGUCGUGGAUUUGCAACUGCUCGGAUUCCCUUCGGUGUCCUCUACUCACGGUUUGCUGGUCCAUCAAUCUACGUUGGUGCGCGGUCCUUGAUGAUGUUGCUCUUUGGAACCAUCACGGUCUGGAACGCCGCUCUCUUGUGGUUCUGGGUGUCCAUUCUCGGUCUUGUAAUCUCACCUUUCAUCUUCAACCCUCACCAAUUUGCUUGGACCGACUUCUUCAUCGACUACCGCGACUACCUGCGAUGGCUGUCUCGCGGCAAUUCUCGUUCGCACGCGUCUUCAUGGAUCGCUUUCUGCCGCCUGUCCCGUACACGUCUGACUGGAUUCAAACGCAAGGCUCUGGGUGCGCCAUCGGAGAAAUUGUCCGGUGAUGUUCCCCGCGCACAUUUCACCAGCAUUUUCUUCAGCGAGGUCAUUGGUCCUUUGGUCCUUGUCGCUGCGACUCUCGUUCCCUAUCUCUUUAUCAAUGCACAGACGGGUGUUCUUGACCCGGAUCCCCCGACAAACUCGCUUAUCAGAGUGGCAUUGGUGGCUUUCGCUCCUAUCGCCAUCAACGCAGGUACCCUGGCUGUUCUAUUUGGCAUGGCCUGCUGCAUGGGUCCUGUGCUGAGCAUGUGCUGCAAGAAGUUUGGCUCCGUUCUUGCCGCUAUUGCGCACGCCGUUGCCGUCAUCUCUCUGUUCAUAUUCUGGGAAGUCAUGUUCUUCUUGGAAGGCUGGAUUUUCGCAAAGGCCUUGCUCGGUAUGAUUGCCGUCAUUGCCCUCCAGCGCUUCAUAUUCAAGCUCAUCAUCGCCCUCGCGUUGACCCGAGAGUUCAAGAACGAUACGUCCAACAUCGCCUGGUGGACCGGAAAAUGGUACUCAAUGGGUUGGCACUCAAUGUCCCAGCCGGGACGUGAGUUCCUCUGCAAGAUCACCGAGCUCGGUUUCUUUGCGGCAGACUUUAUCCUCGGACAUACCAUCAUGUUCAUCAUGUUACCGGCUCUUUGCGUGCCCUACAUUGACAAGUUCCAUUCGGUCAUGCUCUUCUGGUUGCGACCUAGUCGUCAAAUCAGACCGCCUAUCUACUCAAUCAAGCAGUCUCGUCUGCGCAAGCGUCGUGUUAUCCGCUACGCAAUCUUGUACUUCGCCCUCCUGAUCCUGUUCCUCGUCUUGAUCAUUGGCCCCGUAUUUGUCCGCAAAUAUAUCAACAAUCUGCCAUCGAUCCCAAUGGAUCUCCUCCAGCCUACAGGGCAAAACAAUAACGAUACGAGGGGCAACCUUAUUACCGGAUCUGCUCUCCACAACUUCGGCAAUGGCGCAGCUGCAACCGCAACGGCUGGAGGCGGUGCCACUGCUGCAGCCUCGAGUGCCUCUGGCAAUAAUCCCUUCACGUUUGGUGGUGGUGGUAGGUGA